AUGCCCCGACUCUCAUCUCUCGUACUCGUGGCAGCUGCCGUCUCGGCGCUGCAUCUCCCUCAAAUUCCGCUAUUGGAGCCUCAGAUAAGCCUCGGUGAAGACGAUCCUCGACCUUGGGUUACUACGGAUGCGCUGCAGGGGAGUAUUUCCACUGAAAAGCUGUGGAAGCGUGCGGAGAAGUUGUAUGAUCUUGCAAAGGAGUCUGUACACGAGUAUGGACAUCCGACUCGCGUAAUUGGCAGUAAGGGGCACCUUGCUACGCUGGAGUAUAUCAAGAGCGAGUUGGCUUCUCUGGAUGGAUACUAUAAUGUUACAGAACAAGAAUUCGGCGCAUUUUCCGGCAGCGUUUCGGAGUUUCGUCUUGUCAUUGGCGAUGUGGUGCCUAAGACAACGACUGCCUUUUCACUCACGCCGCCUACCAAGGAUAAGGAACCUGCGUUUGCCGACAUCAUUCUUGUUCAUGGCACUGGGUGCAAGAAGUCUGACUACCCGGACAAGGUGGAUGGCAGUAUUGCUCUGAUCAAGAGAGGGGAUUGCCCCUUUGGAGAAAAGUCCAAACUGGCUGGAAAGUCCGGCGCCGUUGCCGCUGUCAUCUACAACACUGAUGAUGAGGAAUUGCAUGGCACCAUGGGCACUCCCUCUCCUCAUCACGUUGCGACUUUUGGACUCGGCGGCAAGGAAGGAGCCGACUAUGCGGACCAGCUAUCCCGCGGCAGACUGAUUACUGGAUCUGCAUACAUGGACGCCACAGUCCAAACCAUCAAGACCAAGAACAUUGUUGCACAGACAACUCACGGCGACGCAAAUAACUGUGUUAUGCUCGGCGGUCACAGCGAUUCUGUCGAGGAAGGGCCGGGUGUGAACGACGAUGGAUCUGGAUCGAUCUCUGUUCUCGAAGUUGCAGUUCAACUCGCCAAAUACCGUGUCGUAAACUGCGCCCGAUUUGCGUGGUGGUCCGCCGAAGAAGAAGGACUCCUCGGCUCCGACCACUACGUCGCUUCCCUGUCCGAGGCGGAGAAGCUCAAGAUCAGACUGUUUAUGGACUACGACAUGAUGGCUAGCCCGAAUUUCGCGUACCAGAUCUACAAUGCGACCGACGCGGAGAACCCAGCCGGUUCCGAGGCCCUGCGGGAUCUGUACGUCGACUGGUAUACGAAGAAGGGUCUAAACUACACCUUUAUCCCGUUCGAUGGACGAAGCGACUAUGACGGGUUCAUCAGAGGCGGUAUCCCGGGUGGUGGUAUCGCCACUGGUGCAGAGGGCGUCAAGACCAAAGACGAGGCUGAGGCUUUUGGGGGCAUUGCCGGCGAAUGGUACGAUAAGAAUUACCACCAGAUUGGCGAUGACCUGACCAACGUGAACAUGACGGCUUGGGAGGUGAACACAAAGUUGAUUGCGCACUCGGUUGCCACGUAUGCCGCUUCGUUCAGGGGCUUCCCGAAGCGAACGAAGCAGGUUGCCGCUGAGGCUGUGAAGCCCACAUGGAAGUAUCAUGGUGACAAGCUCUUCAUGUAG